UUCCCCAACCCGCCCUCCUACGCCUUCCCGCACCACCGCCUCGCGCGCACCACGCGCAGCGCCCACAAGACGCCGCUCGUGCUCGUCGCGUGCGGCUCCUUCAGCCCCGUCACCUACCUCCACCUCCGCAUGUUCGAGAUGGCCGUCGACUACGUCCGCCAGAACACCGACUUUGAGGUCGUCGGCGGCUACCUGAGCCCCGUCAGUGACCAGUACAAGAAGCCCGGCCUGCUGAGCGGCGAGCACCGCGUCAACAUGUGCACCCUCGCCGCAGAGGAGACCUCCACCUGGCUCAUGGUCGACCCCUGGGAGGCCCGCCAGACAGAGUACCAGCGCACCGCCGUCGUCCUCGACCACUUCGACCACGAGAUCAACACCGUCCUCGGCGGCGUGCUCGUCCCAGCGGACGAUGGCAGCGAUGGCGGCGACGGCGACGGCGAGGAGGUCCGCCAGCCCGUGCAGGUGAUGCUCCUCGCGGGCUCGGACCUCAUCAGCACCAUGUCCGAGCCUGGCGUCUGGUCCGAGGCGGAUCUCGACCACAUCCUCGGGCGCUACGGCACCUUCAUCGUCGAGCGCGCGGGCGCGGACAUGGACCAGGCGACCGAGGCCGAGGCGCUCGCGCGCUGGCGGCACAACAUCUUCUUCGUCGCGCAGCUCAUACAGAACGACGUCUCGUCCACCAAGGUCCGCCUCUUCCUCCGCCGCGGCCUCUCCGUGCGCUACCUCGUCCCCGCGCCCGUCGUCGCGUAUAUCGAGGAGCACGCGCUUUAUCUCGACGAG